AUGAAUCUUUGGUCUUUAUUUAUUCCUUUUAGUUCCAGCAAAUUAAUUGCACGUGGAAUCUGUUCCAUUAACAUAGAAGGAAAUGCUUAUGAUAUUAACAGCCUCGGAUCUGUUAAAUCUUUCACAUAUGAAGAUUCAACUUAUUAUUUCAAUCUUUGUGGAGCACUUAAGCCAUCAGAUAUUCCUGGUGCAAAUGAAUCUGCCUUUAUUGGCGGAAAUAUAAUGAAAAAAGUCGGAGAUAAAUAUUACACAACCAAUUUCAUUGGCCAGUUUGACUUUGGAGAAAUAUUACCAGGCGUAAUGUACUCAGCUGAUGGUGAACCAAGAAAGGAAAACGAUGAAUAUAAAGCUACAGACUUUGAUAUCUUUAUCAAAUGCGAUCAAAACAGUGAAUCAACCGAAUUUGGUGUCUCAAAGUGGUUUGCUGAUAGUACAGAUCAUUUUACACUGAACUUUACACAUAAAUCAGGCUGCAAAUCUGAAAAACCAAAACCAACUCCAACACCAACAUUCGAACCUAUCUGUGACUUCCAAUCACGCUGGGAUAUAGACCCUAACUUAGGUAUUGAUGCUCAUUUCGGAUCUGUUGAUGGUGGCCCAUACGGAAUUAUUACACCAAUUUCAAUCAAUGACAGCAAGGGAAUCCUUUAUUACAAGCCAUGUGGAAGAAUGGAAUGCCCUCCUCAAUAUACAUGCGAAGAUAGUGAAUAUUCUUCAGCAUUUAUUUGCCCAGUGGACCAAUCGUCCCGUGAUUGCCAGAAUUUCGGUGUCCAACAGCAUUGGAAGUCUGCCAUUUCACUCUACAGUAAUAAGGAAAGUGAUGGACUCUUAAUUACUUAUGAAAAUCAGUAUAAGAGCAAACUACACAUAACCGACACCGGAAUCCUUACAUACCCAGAAGGUCAUAUAUUAAUAGAUGAACAAGCCACUCUUGAAGGUGAUACAAUUUUAUUGAAUGGUAAAUCUCAUGAAGCAGACAUUGUCCAGCUCCCAAUUCCUCAACCAACAGGCGAAAAGUGCAAGUUAAACACUUCACUUCAGGAAGUAACUCUUAAUGUUGAUCUUUCCACAUUAAAUGGCGGAGAAAACGGCCACAACCGCGAUGUUAAUGUUGAAGGAAUGGUUGGCAUUAAUAAUGCAACCAUUUACUACCAGCCAUGUGGUGCUUUGGCUUGUCCGAAAUCAUCCGAAUGUGGAGGUAUCGAAGAUUCCACACUUUACUUCUGUUUCGAUGAAGGCAGAUGCAGAUCAUACGGUAUCUUCGAAAAUAACCUCACUUUCACACUUACUGAUCCAACAGAUCUUAACAAAGGAUUCAGAGUUAACUACUACGGUAUCCACAAUAUGGCCCAAGUUGUUUAUAAAUGCGACCAAUCAGUAGGUGUUGACGAACUUCGUAUUGAUCCAACAGUCAGAUUUAACGGAACAACAUUAGUUUUACAAGUAUCAACACCAAAUGCAUGUUCCAACACUCCGACACCACAACCAACACCAGUUCCAUGGAGACUUCCAAAGCUACAACAGUUAAGUCCACUUCCAACACCAAUGAAGUCACCAAAUCCAGUCAACAUCAUUCAGAAUGAGACACAUUAUUUGUCAGCUGAUUUGAACUUCUUUGAAGACGCAAUUCUUUCUAAAUCCGGACCAAUUAAAUACAGAUCUAACUCAGCUGAUUUCGAAUUGAGAUACAAUCCAUGGAAUAUAUUAGAUUGCCCAAGAGAAAUCGGUAUCUGUCCAAUCGGAAGAAACACAGCAAAUGCUUAUGGCUGCUCUAAAUCUGAUGAUGACAAUUCAUAUUGCUGGCCAUAUGGUAAUAUCAUAUAUGAUGCUGAAGCAAGAUUAUACGGACAAAGACUUGAAGAUGGUCUUGAAUUGAGAUAUAACUCAGAAUACGAUACAAACUUCAAACUUUUGUUACAAUGUGAUUUAAAGACACCAUAUAAUCUCAUUACAUUAGAUGAGAACAAACAAAUCGAAUACCAAGUUUCAAGUGAAGGAAAAUCUAUUUUAGCUCAUGGCUUAGCGCAGAAUGCUUGUCCACGUGAAUUUGCCUAUAAUAGAUUACCUGAGACACCUUCUCCAACACCAACACCAAGAACAAGAAGACAAGAAUGCUUCAAAUACGCAUCUAAACCAUUUUACAAGAAAUACAUGGAAAUUGAUCUUUCCAAAUUUAAAGAUCAUGAUGAAUAUGUUAUUCUUCGUUCUUCACCUGCUUUCAUCAAGGCAGAAUUGCAAAUUGACUUGGAUCAGCCAAGAUCAUGCAAAGGAGAUGUCUGUGUUGGCGGUGGAACAACAAAUAUUUGGAAAUGCAUUACAAAUGAAGGACAAAAGAAGUGUUACGGCGUUGGUGAUGCAAGAAUCUCUUUAGAUUUCUAUUCAACAAGAGACUUCUUAAGAGGUAUUACAGUUACAUAUGGCGGUGGCUAUGACAACUAUAGUACAAGAAUCAAUUUUGUAUGCAAUGAAUCAGUUCCAACUGAUGAAGUUGAUUUCGAUGAUGUCGGAUUCGAAGAUGAUAAAGUCAUCACUUUAACUGCACAUACAAAUGCUGUUUGCACAAAGAAGUAUGAAGGAGAUGUUCCAACACUAUGUCCAGAUCCAUAUGAACCAGAUGUAACUCCAACACCAACUCCAGCACCAACACCUUCAUCAAAGAUUUCUGGUGGAGGUAUUUUCUUGAUCCUUGUUUUCAUUCCUUUACCUAUUUACUUCCUUAUUGGUGUCAUUUUCAAUCUUGUUGUUUAUCACACUGUUUCUAUCUUCCACAAGAAUUUCUGGCUCGAAUUCGUUGCUUGCGUUCAAACAGGAUUCAUGUUCAUUGUAUCUUGUGGCAGAGUUACAGUUGUUGGAUCUGGAAAAUACGAAGAAGUUUAA